AAUGCUCGUUUUCUCGUUUCUCAGUUGUCUCUCCGUUUAUCGAUUCUCUCACCUCUCAGCUCCCAGAGCAGGUCGACGUGUUUUCGUUUCCAGUAGUUUUUCGGCGACUCGACCUGUCAAUCUUGGCAUGCCUGUCGCACAGUUUUGUAGCCGAAGCGCACAUCUCCCUAGGCUUGCACUCUCUUGCGCGAAAACUUCUCCAAUAUUCUCGUAAAUUAUUUAAUUGUUUAUUACUGAUUGAGACUGAGUUUCCUCAUGGACCCUAGUACAGCUGAGGCGACUGCUGAGGCUUCACCAACGGCCCCCGUUGCUGCUGCUGCACAUGCCCCGAUAACUACUAGCGGAGAUCAAUCGUCCGCAAUUCAUGCGCCUUCCGCCACUGAUGCGCCUUCCGCCGCUGACGCGCCUUCCGCUGCUGACACGCCUUCCGCCACUGAUGCGCCUUCCCCUGCUGACGCGCCUUCCGUUGAUGCGCUUUCCGCCACUGAUGCGCCUUCCGCUGUUAACGCGCCUUCCGCCACUGAUGCGCCUUCCGCCGCUGACGCGCCUUCCGCUGCUGACACGCCUUCCGCCACUGAUGCGCCUUCCCCUGCUGACGCGCCUUCCGUUGAUGCGCUUUCCGCCACUGAUGCGCCUUCCGCUGUUAACGCGCCCUCCGCCACUGAUGCGCCUUCCGCCGCUGACGCGCCUUCCGCUGCUGAUGCGCCUUCCGCCACUGAUGCGCCUUCCGCCACUGAUGUGCCUUCCGCCGCUGAUGCGCCUUCUGCUGCUGAUGCGCCUUCCGCCACUGAUGCGCCUUCCGCUGUUGACGCGCCUUCCGAUGCUGACGCACCUUCCGGCGCUGAUGCACCUUCCGCCACUGAUGCGCCUUCCGCUGCUGAUGCGCCUUCCGCUGAAAUAGCGCCUCUUUCCGCUGCAACCGUGAAUUCCGCUUCCCCGUCCGCGCCCCCUACUAGUACCAGCAACACAACCAUGGCCCCCGGAAUGGGCAACACAACUGCCCAUUCCGAAAUCUCCCCAGAGCCAACCACCGCCGCUCCUCACCCUCCGUCGAAUGCGUCGCCUGAUGCGGCGCCCACCGCGCCAGCCGCAACUGCUCCGCCCCCUCCGCCAUCCGCCAUUGCUCCGCCGAAGAUGCGCAAGGUGCUGAUUCCGCUGGACGACACGUCAGCAAGCCACGAGGUGCUGGAGUGGGCGGUGGACCGCUUUCUGGAGCCCAGUCGCGACUACGUCUUCCUGCUGCACGUGCUCUCGCCCUUCAUGCCUACAGUCGGCGGCCCCGCGUCCGUCUCUGGCGGAGCGCUGUCGCCGUUCCCCUCCAUGAUCUCGCUACCAGGCCUCCAUGUCAGCAGUGAUGAUCUGGCACAGGCGGCCACGGCACGGAGGAACGAAUCAGAAGUGAAGCUGCAGGGAGUGGCCAGGGAGCUGGCAGAACGUGGAGUGGCGUGUGAGGGGCACGUGGAGCUUGGGGAUGCACGCCACGUCAUCUGCCACGUGGCAGAGCAUUUUCACGUGGACGCUGUGGUGAUGGGCAGCAGGGCCCGAGGAGCCAUGAAGAGGAUGAUGCUUGGCAGUGUUAGCGACUACUGUGCACAUCACUCUCCUGCGCCCGUUCUCGUGGUGCGGCAUCACCACCACCACCACCACCACCAUCACCAGGACAUUAGACAGGGCAGUGCUAUGCAUUCCAGCAGCAGGCAGGAUGCAGCCGAGGCUGCUGCAGCAUAGCUUUUUGCGCCUAACCUGCUUAGUGUAAGGGGGUCCAACCUGCUGGAGGCUAAGUAGGUUGGUGGCUUGGCCUCUUCGCUGGAAUCUGUUAUGAUAUGUCCAGGUUGAUUCCGAGUACAGCUUGUAAGGUUUUUACUUGACUGACUCCAGAUGGCGGAGCAAGGGUGUCA